UGCUGCUCGAAAACGGUUCUUUCACAACACCUAAGAGAGGAAAACAGCCUUUUCAGUGUUUAAAAGCGUCAGCGUUUUCAUUUAACAUCUGAGCCACAUGACCACAAGUCUAACAGUCAUGUGAAUGCUGCUUCCCAUAUGACACGCAGACAGCGUUUGCCGUUCGGCUAAAUACAAACGGUUAGUGUAAUCAUUGGAGAAACCGCAGUCGAGCACAUAUGCACUUUAAACCCCCUGCAAAUCCUUGUACUUCAAUACACUUCGAUGGAAUAAUGCAUUCAGACUGUAUUUUUGAUAGCUUGUUUGGUCAUACGAAGUCAGACAAUGGCAAACAAGUACUCUAAAAGACACACGAAACAAAACGCACUGGGAAAUGAAACUGAGCAAGCAUCACUUGCACUGACUGUAGAGAAGCAUCAAAGACAAGCCCAUGUGGAGGUGACCUCUGGGUCAGCAUGGCAGGACUUCAGGAGGAAAGUGUCUCUGCUGGUGCCGUACAUGUGGCCCAGAGGAAGUGUGAGGCUGCAGGCUCUGGUGAUUCUCUGUGUUGGGCUGCUGGGACUUGAACGGGUCAUCAAUGUGUUUGUACCCAUUUACAGCAGGAAUAUAGUGAACCAGCUGUCAUCGUCAGAGAGCUGGAGAAUCCUGGCCAUCACGGUCUGUGUUUACGUCUUCCUUAAGUUUUUGCAGGGCGGAGGGGUAGGGACAUCGGGGUUUGUCAGUAACUUGCGCAACUUUCUGUGGACUUAUGUCCAGCAGUACACCAGCCGUGUGGUGCAGGUCCGUCUUUUCGCUCACCUGCAUGACCUCUCUCUACGCUGGCACCUGGGGCGGCGUACUGGAGAUGUCCUGCGCAGCAUUGACCGUGGAACCUCCUCCGUUAACAACUUGUUAAGCUAUAUUGUGUUCAGCAUUGUACCCACUAUUGCUGACAUUGUCAUUGCCAUCAUCUACUUUGUGACGUACUUCAGUGCCUGGUUUGGCCUCAUUGUCUUUAUUUGCAUGUUUCUCUACCUCACUCUUACCAUCAUCAUAACUGAAUGGAGGACCAAGUACAGGCGGGAAAUGAACACACAGGACAACAUUGCCAAGUCAAAAGCUGUGGACUCACUUCUCAACUUUGAAACCGUGAAGUACUAUAAUUCAGAGGGUUUUGAAGUCAGGCGCUUUGAGGAUGCUAUCCUGAAAUAUCAGGCAUGUGAAUGGAAGACCAAUGCUUCCCUCGCCCUCUUGAACCAAACCCAGAACAUGAUUAUUGGAUUGGGGCUGUUGGCCGGAUCCCUGCUUUGUGCAUACUAUGUUACAGUGGACAAGUUUCAAGUUGGCGACUAUGUUCUCUUUGGAACCUACAUUAUCCAGCUCUACACUCCACUCAACUGGUUUGGUACAUAUUAUAGAAUGAUCCAAAGUGCAUUUGUUGACAUGGAGAGCAUGUUUAAUCUGCUAACAGAGGAAAAAGAAGUAAAAGAUGAUGUGAAUGCGGGAGACCUGUUGUUCACAGAAGGAAAAGUUGAAUUCCAGAACGUGUGCUUUAGUUACACUGCUGGGAAAGAAAUUCUCAGUGAAGUCUCAUUCACAGUGAUGCCUGGUCAGACAGUGGCACUGGUUGGUCCAUCCGGAUCAGGAAAAAGCACCAUCAUUCGUUUGCUUUUUCGUUUUUAUGACGUGCAGGGUGGCUGCAUCCUCAUCGAUGGUCAGGACAUCUCUAAGGUGAAACAGAACUCCCUCCGAUCCUACAUUGGCGUAGUUCCUCAGGACACUGUUCUUUUCAAUGAUAAUAUCCGUGAAAACAUUCGCUAUGGACGCAUCUCUGCAAGUGACCAAGAAGUAGAAGAGGCUGCAGUGGCUGCUGAUAUCCACCAUAAGAUAUUAUCCCUUCCAGACGGAUAUGAUACUGAGGUGGGUGAAAGGGGUCUGAAGCUGAGUGGGGGAGAGAAACAGAGAGUGGCCAUCGCUCGCACAAUCCUAAAAUCCCCUCGCAUUAUUUUGCUCGAUGAAGCAACAUCUGCUUUGGACAGUCAAACAGAGCGUAACAUUCAGGCUUCUCUCGCUAAGGUGUGUGCCAACCACACCACUCUCGUCGUGGCACACAGAUUAUCCACCAUCAUCAACUCUGAUCAGAUCCUGGUUCUUCAGGACGGACGGAUUGCAGAACAAGGAAGGCAUGAGGAGCUGCUGGCCAUGGGGGGACUGUAUGCAGCCAUGUGGUUAAAACAGCAGCAAACCCCAGAGUCAGAGGUCUCCACAGAAGAGCAACCACAGGAGCCACAGCCGAGUGGCUGAAGCCGAUGGAGCAGCGAUGAUGAAUGCUGAUGGGUGAAAUCAAUCAGGAAAAUGGUAAAAAGAGCCCACUGAGCUCCAAGGUUCAUCUCAGACACAGGGGCACCAGACUGCGCAAAAGUAAUGAACUACGAAGAGUGUUUCUCAGGGAAAGGUGUCAUUAAAAAUCAACCAAACAUUGAGUACCUCCAAAUAUGCCAAAGGGUUAGUUCACCCUAAUAUGAAAAUUGUUACUCGCUCUCAUGUUGUUCCAAACUUGUAUAACUGUUUUCUUCUGUGCAACAUGAAAGGAGAUACUGUGUUUUGAUUUCGAGUGUUGUCAACCAGUGGACUUCAGGCAUUUCUCAAAAUAUCUUCUUUUAUGUCUCACGGAAGAAAGUCAUACAGGUAAAUAAUGACAGAAUUUUCAUCUUUGAGUGAAUUUUCCCUUUAAUGCUUAGGAAACAGCAUUAGUAUAUCAUGUGAUGACUAUAUUCAGUCAUCUGUUACAUAGUUUAUUUUAUAUAUUACAUGUAACACUUUGUUUACACUCCUAUCUAUCAUCAUAGACUGAGGAGAUGUGGAAGUAUCUCAAUCAUCUACAGAUGGGAAUUGUAGGUAACAUGCUCAGGGUCAUGCUGCUUUCAUUAUAAUGCUGGCACAAACUUUUUAGUCACACUUUGUUUCGGUGUUCAUGUUACUCUGUAUUUACAUAAGUAUAUAGUGAAUCUAAUGAACAACAUGUACUUUUCUUGUACGGCAAGGUUGUUUUGAUGCUAUCUAUAGUAUUUAAAUUCAGUAAUAGUAGUACAUGUGGACUGUAAAACAUAGUGUUCUCAGUUUCUUCCUUCAAAAACAGUUUCAUAAAACCAUCAGACCUCUUCAGGCUGAGCCAAAAUUUUUUACCGAAGUGUGGAUGCUUUACCAAACCACAUAAAUUAUCUGUCCCCCUUCGCAAUCAAUCUAUCAUAUCUAUUUUGUCCACAUUUCUGAUUCAGCUGAACACUGAAAAUACUUGCCAUGUACAUUAAACCAGUUUUUUUAUAUUAAUGACAUGCUGAAUUUAAAGGUAUAGUUCACCCAAAAAUGAAAUUCUGUCAUUAAUUACUCACCCUUAUGUUGUUUCAAACCUGUAAGACCUUUGUUUCGUCUUCAGAACACAAAUUAAGAUAUUUUUUAUUAAAUCUGAGAGCUUUCUGACCCUCCAUAGACAGCAAGGGUCCUGUGUACCAAGAAAUGUACCAAGAACGUCAACAAAAUAGUCCAUGUCAACAAAAAUUAACACUGAUAUGAUGGUAUUUUUCUGGACCUUGUACAUGGUGGGACCCUUGCUGUCUAUGGAUGAUCAGAAAGCUCUUCAAUUUCAUCAAAAAUAUCUUUAUUUGUAUCCAAAAAGGGACCAUAAAAGUGAGUAACUAAUGACAGAAUUUUAAUUUUUGGGUGAACUAUCCCUUUAAGAGGUGUUUGAUAUAACCUUUCUCUCUGUUUUUCUUAAAUGUUCAUUGCUUUUUAGAAUUGAAACAAUUUAUACUUUUGAAUGUACUAAAAUGAAUAAAGCAUUGAAUUAAUUUUAAAAGAUAAACUGCUUUUCAAAAGGUGACUUAAGGGACUUUCAUGAACCACAGAAAUAUUCAGGAAUAUAGAGGGGAAAAAAAAACAUCUGUAGCAUUUGGAUACUCUUGAAACAACAUGCUUUAUGAAGAGUGGCUGCUGCCUUUCAUGGAAACAUUAGCUAGGUGUUUUAUACCUUUUUGUGGGAUGUGCACAAGUUGUUCAAGUGCUUCAUUUUAAAAUAAAAUUUGUAAAUAAAUGCAAACCUGACUAUGUACAAAAGUUAAUUUAUUUAGAGUAUUUACAUCUUUUCACUCCAGCUAUGGUUUAACACAAACAUCGGCAUGUAUAAUCCUUUAAGACAAUUGACAUUAAAAUUCAUUCAUUAAGUAGAACAUGACAGAAAUAUUUACAGGAUAACACAUUUCUGAACUAUACAAAAACAGAUAUUUAUCUAAUGAUUUAGGCUUGGAGUUAAUGAUUGGCUACA